CGUCAUCUGUCAUCAGCUCAUCAUCAUCAAAACGUCACUACAGCUGCUGUCCGAACAAAAUUUUGUGUUUUUAUUUGCAUUUCACAAACAAAAAAAAUCAAAUAAAUUCACAUAGAAAAAAUGGCCCUCGAAUUAUCAAAACUCGCAAUCGAUGGACUUAAACAUUUAGGCUCAACAAUUAACAUUGAAAUAAGUAAAAAACUAAUUGCUAGCACUGUUAAAUUAUCACUUUAUGCUGAUGCAAAUGUGCCUCCUAACCCAGAAAUAUACGCCUCCAAUGCUGAUUAUGCCAAACAAAGCGAAUUCGCUGUUGCCACCCUACUCUUUUUAGCAACGAAACAUGGAUACGAUGGGACCAAGUUGCGCCACUUCCUCGAACAACAUUCCAUUAAUCAAACAAUCAUCGAUGAUCUAGUCAAAACUUAUGACACCAAUCGCAACGAAUUCCUUAUGAGACUUCUUCGAACCGGCCAUGCAUUCCCGCACAUCAGUGAUGUGGAGUGGAAGAUUGUUUGCGAUGUCAAGUCUGCAAUGUCCGACUGCAGUUCUGGUGAGCUAACAUUCCAUGUUAAUUUAGGUAAUUAUCGAGAGAAGACAGGUGAACGUGAGACAAUUGUUGAAUUCAUUUGCAACACUGAAGAACUCCAAUCACUGAUUAAUAAAUUGAAAGAAAUCGAACGCCAUUGCACCAAGUUGUCGUCGGGAGAUUCAACUCAAGCUAAAUAGCAAAAACUACCAAAAGGCUUGUCAAUUCACAUACUAAAAAUGUUUAUUUCAAUUAGGCAAACAUAGAAGGAACAAAAUAAUCAUUUCGAAACAUAUAUAUAUAUAUUUAUUUAUAUAGGAUUUAAAUUUUAGACAACAAAAAAAAAAAAUAAAUUGUAUUUAUGUAACACUAGCUUGUAGAGAAGAAGAAGUAAAGUCCGGUUUGAUCUGCGCCAGAUUAAACCAAAAUUAUCAUA